AUGGAGAAGACAUCAGUCGAGAUGGCCUCUCACUCUCAGAUUUUGGUGGAAGAGAAAUCGAGUGUUAGAAUCUUGACACUAAACAAGCCAAAGCAGCUGAAUGCUCUAAACUUCGACAUGAUCUCUCAGUUGCUGCAACUGUUUCUUGCAUACGAGGAGGACCCUAGUGUGAAUCUUGUCAUCCUUAAGGGCCAGGGAAGAGCCUUUUGUGCUGGUGGCGAUUUUCCACCUGUUGUUCGCGACAUCGUACGAGGAAAAUGGAGACUCGGUGCCGAUUUCUUUUUUGAACAAUACACGCUCAACUAUGUUAUGGCCACGCAUAGCAAACCUCAGAUUUCAAUUCUGAAUGGUAUUGUUAUGGGAGGCGGAGCUGGUGUCUCCGUACAUGGUCGUUAUCGUGUUGCUACCGAAAACACGGUUUUUGCCAUGCCUGAGACAGCUUUGGGGCUCUUUCCAGAUGUAGGCGCUUCCUACUUCUUGUCAAGACUCCCUGGUUUUUUUGGAGAGUAUGUUGGCCUCACCGGAGCUCGGUUAGAUGGUGCCGAGAUGCUUGCUUGUGGUCUUGCAACUCAUUUUGUGCCUUCAACGGAGAGAGAAGCCACUCAACCAGAUGACUGGAUCUCAACUACCAUUGGAGCAUUGAAGAAGGCUUCACCAGCAAGCCUUAAAAUCUGUCUUAGAUCGGUUAGUUCUCAUAAUGCAUCACAUGCAAACGAUGGGAAAAGAGCUGACUUUGUAUAUUACUUUCAGAUACGAGAAGGACGAUACCAAGGAGUGGGGCAGUGUCUUAUCCGUGAGUAUAGAAUGGUGUGUCAUGUGAUGAAAGGAGACAUAAGCAAAGAUUUAGUAGAGGGGUGCAGGGCCAUAAUAAUAGACAAAGAUAGGAACCCAAAGUGGAAGCCAUGUCGACUGGAGGAGAUGAAGGAUGGUAUGGUAGAGAAGUACUUCAAGAAAGUGGAGGAAGAGGAGGGAUGGGAAGAUCUAAAGCUUCCAACAAGAAAGAAUUUGCCUGCUUUUGCGAUCUCAAAGCUGUGA